CGUUUACCGACUAGUGCGUGUGACGCUCUGAGCAGGUGCUGAGACGUGAAGGUGAAUUCCAUUUUCGCUGGAAGAGGGCAGGACACGGAAACGUAUUAAUCCUGUCUCAGACGGGCAGAGUUGUACAGUCUGCUGUUGAAGGAGCACUUUGACCCUGCGCGACCGGCUGACAGCCGUGUGACUAAGCGAACUGGCUUCUGCUCUUGAAGACAGAAGUGAGUUUCAAGACCGGGAGCAGUUUUAAAAAGAACGGAAAGAAAAGAGAAAAGAAACGUCUCUGUGGCUUAAAAGCAUCGUUAGUUGCAGCUGUCGGUGAGAUGAGCGACACGCAUUGGGCUCAAUUCCUCUCUGUUUCGGUAAAGCUGCUGAGUGUGACACGGAAUGCUUAUUCAGCUGUGUGUGAAGAGGUUUCCCCCUGAGGUUGUAUUUUGAGCCUCUCCGUUUCCUGUCAUCUGUGUCCGGUGGCGACAGACAAGGUUGCAGGCAAGCUGAGUUCGACCCUCUCAUGGGUGAGGAACUCGGUGUCUCACACCGUCAGUCAGAUGGCUAGCCAGGUGGCCCCGCCCUCCACUCUCCACACCCCCUCCACCUCCACCUCCACCAGCCUCUCCACCCCCGGCCUGUCGCCCUCCUCCCCGGCCCCGUCCCCGUCCUCGCCCUCCCAGCUCAGCCCCGAUGAGUUGGAGCUGCUCGCCCGACUGGAGGAGCAGAACAGGCUCCUGGAGACAGACAGUAAGUCUCUGAAGUCGGUGAAUGGCUCGCGGAGAAACAGUGGCUCCUCGCUGGUGUCCAGCUCCUCGGCCUCCUCCAACCUGUCCCACCUGGAGGAGGACACCUGGAUCCUGUGGGGCCGCAUCGUCAACGACUGGGAGGAGGUGCGCAAGAAGAAGGAGAAGCAGCUGAAGGAACUGGUCAGGAAAGGGAUUCCCCAUCACUUCCGGGCCAUCGUGUGGCAGCUGCUGUGUAACGCCCAGAACAUGCCCAUCAAGGACCAGUACUCCGAGCUGCUGAAGAUGACGUCGCCCUGCGAGAAGCUGAUCCGCCGGGACAUCGCCCGCACCUACCCCGAGCACGAGUUCUUCAAGGAGAAGGACAGCCUGGGCCAGGAAGUGCUCUUCAAUGUCAUGAAGGCCUACUCGCUGGUGGACCGAGAGGUGGGGUACUGCCAGGGGAGCGCUUUCAUCGUGGGACUGCUGCUCAUGCAGAUGCCGGAGGAAGAGGCCUUCUGUGUGUUUGUGAAGCUGAUGCAGGACUACAGGCUGAGGGAGCUGUUCAAGCCCAGCAUGGCUGAGCUGGGGCUGUGUAUGUACCAGUUUGAGUGCAUGAUCCAGGAGCAGCUGCCAGAGCUCCACCUCCACUUCCAGGCCCAGAGUUUCCACACCUCCAUGUAUGCCUCCUCCUGGUUCCUCACCAUCUUCCUCACCUCUUUCCCUCUCACCGUCGCCACCAGGAUCUUCGACAUCUUCAUGUGCGAGGGUCUGGAGAUCGUGUUCCGCGUGGGCCUCUCCAUCCUCCAGAUCAACCAGGCCGAGCUCAUGCAGCUGGACAUGGAGGGGAUGCUACAGCACUUUCAGAAGGUCAUCCCACACCAGCUGGACACUGGUCCCGACAGGGUGAUUCUCACCGCCUAUCAAGUCAAGUACAACGCCAAGAAAAUGAAGAAGCUAGAAAAGGAAUACACUACAAUCAAAACCAAGGAGAUGGAGGAGCAGGUGGAAAUCAAGAGGCUGCGCACGGAGAACAGGCUCCUGAAGCAGAGGAUCGAGACCCUGGAGAAAGAAAGUGCUUCCUUGGCUGAUAGGUUGAUCCAGGGCCAGGUGACACGUGCUCAGGAGGCGGAGGAGAGCUACCUGGUCAAGCGGGAGCUGGCCACGGUCAGACAGCAGCAGGAGGAGGCCAGUGCGCGGCUGGAGAAAGCGCACGCCACCAUCCACCAGCUCCAGCACAGCACGCCGCCGCCAGCGCAGUCUAAGUGCUACUCGGAGGAGGUGGUCGUGCAGCUGGAGAGAGAGCUGGUGCAGGCGCGGCUGAAGGAGGCCGAGUCACAGUGCGCGCUCAGGGACAUGCAGGACAAGGUCCUGAACAUGGAGAAGAGGAACGCAGACCUGCCGGAUGACAGUAACGUUGUGCGGCUGCAGGAGGAACUGAUUGGUGUAAAAUUGAGGGAGGCGGAGGCUCUGACUGGCCUGAAGGAGCUACGGCAACAAGUCCGAGAUCUGGAGGACCACUGGCAGAGGCACCUGGCGCGCACGGCGGGCCGCUGGAAGGACAGCCCCAGGAAGAACGCGCUGAACGAGCUGCAGGACGAGCUGAUGGGCGUCCGCCUGCGAGAGGCCGAGGCCCAGGCCCUGCUCAGAGAGACCAAGCAGAGGCUGCUGGAACUGGAGACCCAGAACCAGGUGCAGGGGAACCAGCUGCGCCGGACGGAGCAGACGGGGCGGAGCCAGCAGGAGCGCGUGCAGCUGCUGACCGCCCAGAACAAGGGCCUGCUGGUGCAGCUGCAGGGGGCCAAGCGCAAGCAGGCCGAGCUCGAGUGCAAGAGCAAAGAAGAUGUGAUGGCGGUGCGACUGCGUGAGGCUGAUAACAUGGCCACCAUGGCAGAGCUGCAGCAGCACAUCGCUGAGCUGGAGAUCCAGAAGGAAGAAGGAAAGGUGCAGGGUCAGCUGAACAGCUCUGACUGCAGCCAGUACAUCCGCGAGCUCAAGGAUCAGAUAGCCGAGCUGAAGCACGAGGUGCAGUUCCUGCACAGUCAGAGGGGAGUGUGCGGCCAGCCCACCUUUGACGGGAUCCACAUCGUCAGCCACUACAUCGGGGAGGAGGGCUCGUACCAGAGCUCGGGGGUCCCGCCCCCCUCGGAGGACCCGCGGGACGUGACGCGGAUCGUACUGCACUCCAGCAUGGUGGACACAGACAGCGACGGGGAGGAGGACAGUCUGUGCCUCUCCCUCCCCAGCAACGGUCCCAACGCCCAGAACAACCGCAAGACCACUACCGUGUGACGGCCAGCAGGGGCGUGUUAAACGUGUGGACAAGCAACCUGGGAGAGAGAGGGAGCGCCUGACCCAUCGUGUCAUUUCCACCUGUUCUUGCGUCUGCCUUACUUUUGCCAAAACGCAAUGCGAUGUACGCACACACACACACACACACACACACACACACACACACACACACACACACACACACACGCGUCACUGCCAUCACAUGGACUCCAGCAGGAACAGAUGGCGGGUGACAGAGACACUUGCGGGCCAGUAGGGGCCAGUAUUAAUGCUCAGCUGUAUUCUGUUCAUGGCGGUGUUGGAACCUCACACAGCUCCCACAGGCAACAGUGAAAAUCAGAAACUCAACACAAACGCACCCGUACACGCGGCUCCAGGUACAACACAGACGGAGACUUUGUGCAAUAUCUCCUUUUAUGCUUGACGACAAACGCUUUACCGCGGUUUUUGUUGAAAUAUUUUAUGUUUGGAGCGGUUAAUUGGACAUCAGUUUGCUGCAGCCGAUUCACUCCGUAAUGAAUUCAGCUAUUAGCUGCAGUAAGGUGAAAACCCCAGUUAAAGGACCUGCACACAAAGUGCUUCUGGAGUGGUCUGUAUUAAGCAUUAAACACUCCAGUAUAGAGUAACUCUGUUAAGACUCUUUUAAUGGCUGUGCGUUUCACUUGCAGCCAUAUGGUCAAUAGGGAUCUGAAUCUGUAAUAUAUUUAGUACUUCAUUUUUUUUGUUCUGUAUUCCUAUCAUUAUGUUGACUUGAAACCUUUCAUAGAUUAUUUUGACAUAAUCUGCUUUUAUCAUCUAUAGAACCAUUCAUUUUAAAGGGACAUUUCACUCGUUAAUGCAUUGUGAUUUCAUGUGAAGAAAGAUUUGAGAUUCAAGCAAGCAAAAGUGUUUUUGUAUGCAAAUAUUAUUUAUGGACAUUUUCUAUAAGGUUGAAUGGGAGACUGCCAGAAAAUGUAUUGUGUGCAUGUAUGCAACAGGUAGACAUGGAGCUCUAGAGGUGACUAAUGUACAGUUGUUGAUUUAACUUGAGCAGUCAUUGAUAUUGCAUUCUGUUUAAUCUGUACAUAUCAUGGCGUGCUCUGAACUGGCUAUGAUGAGGUCUCAAUCGUAACAGUAGUGGUUUGGAGCGGUUUGCUAAAUGAGGACAUGCAAGUUUCAGUAUAAACUAAUGCCCACAAACUCAUGUGUUUUCUAAUGACCCCCCCUCCCCCAUUUUAAAUUUCUUUGCACACUUGUUUUUUGUUUUUUUUCCUGGCUCAUUAAAAUCAUGAGUCAGUUUUAAAGUAAAUCAUAUCCAGGUAUGCUAAGAUACCGGAUAGUAAACUUGACACUCCAUGCGUUUGUGUAGGUCUGAUUUUAUACCUGAAGUGCUCAUCUUCAGUAUGUACUGUACGUGUAUGAGACGGCUAUUUACACACGACCUACGACAGUCAAGGGAUUAUUUACUGUGAUACAGUAGAAAAGGGAGCUUAUCAAAUCAAAUCAAAUAUAUAUUUAAAGAACAAACUGAUGAAUACUGUGUAGCCACGAUGGCCACUUUUAUUCCUUUACACAUGUAAAUAUUGUUUUUGUUUGUUUUUAAACUAAAUGCAGAUGUGCAUUGCUGAUAAAGGAAACAACAUUUCUCACUCGGUCAGACUGUGGACAGAAUGUCUUUGACUGAUAAAUGUUUUAAUUCUAUCAUGCAUGUGUCCAUUAGCUGUGGCCUGGGCUUCUCAGGUCCUUGCUGUUCAUCGAUGACAGGCGGCCAUUUUGUGCAGUGAAAAUGACUUGCUUCAUAACAAUGGUCCCAGCUAGGCAAAACCCUGACCCGUGUGGGUCUGACCUAA